GUGAGCAGCACGCGCCCGGGCCGCUCAGUCGGCUCGGCGUGCGAGUCCGGUGUUUCUAGCUUCUUCGCGCGUCGGCCGCGCGGUAACUGCCGUAGCUCAGGUCCGCAGGCCCUCAGCGUCACAGGCUCCGCGACAUGUCGAUGCUGGCUGAGCGUCGGCGGAAGCAGAAGUGGUCUGUGGAUCCAAGAAACACUGCGUGGAGUAAUGACGAUUCCAAGUUUGGCCAGAGGAUGCUGGAGAGGAUGGGGUGGUCUAAAGGAAAGGGUUUAGGGGCUCAGGAGCAAGGAGCCACAGAGCAUAUUAAAGUUCAAGUUAAAAAUAACCACCUGGGGCUUGGAGCUACCAUCAGCAACGAGGACAACUGGAUUGCUCAUCAGGAUGAUUUUAACCAGCUUCUGGCUGAACUGAACACUUGCCAUGGGCAGGAAACCGCAGACUCCUCUGACAACAAGGAAAAGAAAUCUUUCAGCCUUGAAGAGAAGUCCAAAAUCUCCAAAAAUCGUGUUCAUUAUAUGAAAUUCACCAAAGGGAAGGAUCUCUCAUCUCGGAGCAAAACAGACCUGGACUGCAUUUUUGGGAAAAGACAGAGUAAGAAGACUACUGAGGAUGACUCCGGCCCCGCCGCCCCAGAGCAGGUUGACACCUCCACCACGACCACCAGUGCCUUCACCAUCCAGGAGUACUUUGCCAGGCGCAUGGCGGAGCGAAGGAACCGGCCGCAGGGCACGGCUCCGGAGCUUGCUGUCUCAGAGACCCAGACGGAAAGGAAGGGGGGAAAGAAGAGAAGGAAAGAGGCCAAAGAUAACGAUGUGGAAAAUUACACCCAACCUAAGGCAAAAAAGAAGCAAGACCAAGUGGAGUGGCAGCUGGGAGGCCCUGGAUGGGACGAGAAUUUGGACGCUUCAGCUGAGGAUGGAGAGGACUGUGCGAGGCCACGCGAGGACCAGGACUUCCCCCCGAAGCCAAAAAAAAGGAAAGCAAAGAAAAAAAAACAAGACGAGGCAGCAGUGGAUGGUCUGUUAGAUGAAACAUCAGUGAAAAAGAAGAAAGGUUCCAAGUAAAUUCUCUGAGCCAGGGCCUCCCGCUUCCCAGCUGUGGGGCGCCGCCGGGGCCGCCGGUCUGGCCCCGAGUCAGCGGGUUCCCGGGGAGUCCGCGCACGUUCCUCGACAUGCCCGGCCACUGCCGAGCCCUGCCCUCUCACCACGUUCUCCCCAAAUUGUCUUCCCAGAACUUAAUGUUCCAAAUCAUGGCUCUCGUAAAUAAACUUUUUAGACUCCGAGUCCUUCA